CGGAGCUCCUCUCCACGCCGCUUUGUGGCAGCGCAGCGUGGCCGCCGGGUUUUUCUUCAGCAGAGGAAGAAGAAGAUGAGGGGGAAGAUGUCUGAAGCUCCUGCCGAGGCGGGAAACGACAUGCCGGCAAAAAAGCAGAAACUAAGCAGCGACGAGAACAGCAACCCGGACCUUUCCGGAGACGAGAACGAUGAUGCCGUCAGCGUUGAGAGUGGCACCAAUGCUGAACGUCCCGACACCCCCACCAACACCGCCAAUGCCCCUGGCAGAAAGAGCUGGGGCAAGGGCAAGUGGAAAUCGAAGAAAUGCAAAUACUCCUUCAAGUGUGUUAACAGUCUAAAGGAAGACCAUGGCCAGCCUUUGUUUGGGGUCCAGUUCAACUGGCAUAGUAAGGAGGGCGACCCCCUUGUCUUUGCAACAGUGGGAAGCAACAGAGUCACCUUAUAUGAAUGUCAUUCCCACGGAGAGAUCCGGCUCCUGCAGUCCUACGUAGAUGCGGAUGCAGAUGAGAACUUCUACACUUGCGCUUGGACGUAUGACACCAGCACCAGUCACCCUCUGUUGGCGGUAGCUGGCUCCCGAGGCAUCAUCCGCAUCAUUAACCACAUCACUAUGCAGUGCGUCAAACAUUAUGUGGGGCAUGGAAACGCAAUCAAUGAGCUCAAAUUUCAUCCAAGAGAUCCAAACCUACUGCUGUCAGUGAGCAAAGACCACGCGUUGCGUCUAUGGAACAUUCAGACGGACACACUUGUAGCCAUAUUUGGUGGUGUGGAGGGCCAUAGAGAUGAGGUGCUGAGUGCGGACUUUGACCUCCUUGGUGAGAAGAUCAUGUCUUGUGGAAUGGACCACUCUCUGAAACUGUGGAGGAUUAACUCUGAGCGAAUGCAGAAAGCAAUACGAUGCUCUUAUGAGUACAACCCCAGCAAGACCAACAGGCCUUUUGUGUCUCAGAAAAUCCACUUCCCAGACUUUUCCACAAGAGACAUCCACAGGAACUAUGUAGAUUGCGUACGCUGGCUUGGGGAUUUAAUCCUCUCUAAGUCCUGUGAAAAUGCUAUUGUGUGUUGGAAACCUGGUAAGAUGGAGGAUGAUAUCGAUCACAUCAAGCCCAACGAGUCUAACGUGACUAUCCUGGGCCGCUUUGACUACAGCCAGUGUGACAUCUGGUACAUGCGCUUCUCCAUGGACUUUUGGCAAAAGAUGUUGGCUCUGGGAAAUCAAGUCGGAAAGCUUUAUGUCUGGGACCUGGAAGUAGAAGAUCCUCAUAAAGCAAAGUGUACCACCCUCACCCUCCCGAAAUGCACCUCAGCCAUAAGACAGACCAGCUUCAGCAGGGACAGCAGUAUUCUCAUAGCGGUGUGUGACGACGCCUCUAUCUGGCGCUGGGACAGGUUACGCUGAGGCGUUUUCCUUCCUCGUGCCAGUACAAAUGACUGCUCUUCACAGAAGGUCCUUGUGGCUGAGGAACCAGGACAAUGGAUGGUCUUUAGGUCCAAUCUGCUUAGGCUGUGGAACUUGCUUAACUCAGAUGUGUUGCACCUCUGCUUUUGUUUUGUCUUUUGCCACCUUUUCUGUCUUUAAUAAAACUUAUUUUGUACCA